AUGAGCUCCCCAGACGAGGUGUCCGUUUGGGGGGCCGGUUUUGGGCCUGAGGGUGGCGAGCAGGCUGGCGCUGGCAUGGCCACUUCAGGAGCCCCUUGUGGCCACGGGAAUGACCACAGCCUCGAUUUGGGGGUGCUGCACAGCAGCAAGGGCGAGGGUGAGGGCGAAGGCAAGAGCGGGUUCACAGAUCCCGAGGGCUUCAGCUUCGAGUCUGAGAGUGAAUUGACAGAGCAGGGAAGGGUGGUGCUCUGGGGCUGGGAAGGCCGGCCUGACACCCCAGUCGACAACCAAGGGGACCGUGUGGACUGCUCGUCCUACCUGGCUGACGAGCCAGCUGCCAUCGUGCCACCGCCCAGCUUCCAGGGAAACAAGUCCCCAGAAAGCGCCGCUGCCAAAGGGUCCGCUGACAUCUGGGUGGACCUGGAGGUCGAUCCCAGUGGGAGAGGCGCCCUGGGCCCCAGCCCUGGAAAACGGCAGCAGGCCUCUGCCGGCCGUCUCCACCUCAGAGGUCCUGGGCCAGGCCGGGCCUGGGAGAACCCGGAAAAGGGCUCGAAGAGCAGAUUGAGUGGCCGCGUGGAUCCCCAGCAGCCCUCCGCGAAAGGCCCCGCGGGGCACGAUUCUGAUUCCCCAGAUGAGAGCAGCGACUUACCGCUGUUGAGGGUGGGCAUUCGCCUCAAUGAAGGAAGCCAGGCCAAGCCCGGCAGCCCCAAGAAGCCAGCAGACACAUCCAGACAGGCAAGCUUCCACUGCAUGGAGAGUUACCUGCCCGUGCUGGGCCUUUUCCUGACCUCUGCUCCCCGCGGACUCACUCCAGUCGUGGAGACGCCGGCUGUGGGUGAGCUGGAGGACUCUCGCCAGAAGAAAAUGCAGAGCAGGGCCUGGGGAAAGGUGGAGGUCAGGCCCAGCUGCUCAGGAGCUGCCGCUGCAGGGGCCCUGCCCCAGGGCCUUUCGAGGAGGACGAUAGCCCAGGAGAAGAAGUCCCUAGGGGGUGCCUCUCAACUGGCCCCGGGAAGAGCCUUUCCUGCCUGCGGAGAGAGACUCUCAGUCGCUCCCCUGGAGCCGGCCACCUUCCCGCCAUUGUCUGGUGUGCGGCCGCAGGGGAUGUCCAAGAAACCCCAAAAGCCUAAGCACAGCAGCCCUGGGAAGAAACCAGCAGGGAGGAAGACCAGGGAGUCCCAGGCUGCGGCCAGAGAAGAUAAUGACCCAAAUAGAGAUGAGGUCCCAAGGGCCCAGCUUCCCACCCACAGGCCAGGGCUGCCUCGCCUGUCUGUGCGUCAUGGAGAAUUCAGCAGUGGCGACCCCAACAUCAGAACUCCCCAAAUUCUGGGAAGUUCACAGCCCUUGGCCUGCAGCCUCGGAGGCCUCGUACCCAGAUGCCAUGCACCCUCCGGUAACCAGCAGCCGCCUGUCCAUCUCCCAAGACAGAAAAGGCAGCAGCAGCCCCCUGGAGCCCAGGGCUGUCCUCGGUGCAUCUUGCUGCAGAGGGAAAUUGAUGACCUUACACAGCAACUAGCGGCCACACAGUCCUUCACUGACAAGUUCCAGGACCUUUGA